GUAUUUUGUAGUUGAAGAAUCUGGCCAAGAGAAUAUCAAUUUAAUGGCUAUUAAAUAAUUGUGAGAGUUACCAUGAGAACCAAAGACAUUUGUUUAAAAGGGAAAAUAAAAUAAUUGUUGAGUUACAAGUACUGCAGCUUUCUGCUUGGUCCAACCUACUUUGUUGGCUUUAGUCGCCUUAUUUUCAGAUCUUCAAUGCGCAGGUGCAAAUAACCUCAGUCAAUCCGCGUCAUGGGUCAUCCAUACGCUCUUUUCUUCUUUAAUUGUAAAACCAAGAAUUCGCUUUAAAGCGCUGUGCAAUAAUUACAUAUUAGAAAAAAUAAUGUUUAAAGUCAAUGUUGUGAUCAUGGACACAAAGUGUAACAUGUGAAAUUCCUGUACUUAAAAUGAGUCCAAUUACGGUGUUCAGCGUUGAAAGAACGAAAUAAUUAAUAAUAUGUAAAGCUAUUUCGUUAAUAUUAAAAAAUGGAAAAUGACGCACAAACACAAUCGCCACAAAAUCUAAACAUUGAUCAUACUAAUGAAAAAUUAAAUGUGAAUCGAACUAUUAAAAUUUUGGAAUAUAAGGGUUUGCUUUGGACAUGUGCUCUGCGAGAAGUAUGUUUAAUUGCGCUUUGGCUCCCGCUCGGCGCAUUAGUAUUUUGUUACGUGACUGCAUCUAUAUUUCAAGCAGAUGAUAUACAUGAAACGCACUGUAGAGUUUAUAAUGUAGUGCCGUCGAUUAGCGCAAUAACUGGUAUCAGUCCACAGAGAUAUGUUUGGAGGAUAUGUAUCGCCUACCAUUUAGGACCAAGACUCUUAAUAGGAUCGUUGUAUUACAACUAUCAUAAAGAACGAACUUCGCAUAUCAAGGAUGAAAAGGUCCGAAAACAAGCAACUAAACUAGGCGAUGCCUGUUACUGGCUCAAUUUAUUAGAACUAUUUGCACUUACAGGAGUGACGUACGUUUCGAAUAGAGAAAAUUAUUUUGUUCAUGAAAAAAUAUUUAUAGUAUUUAUGGUCGCCUCCCUUCUGCAUAUGCUGUGUCGCGCAAGGGUGGGCAAUAUCGGCAGUGAGGCGGUGGAACCCAUCAGGACCAACAAGCUGGUUUGGAUACUCUUCUACCUGGCAAUUGCAGCCACCAUUGGACUUAUUAUAUUCUUCCUACGCCAUCGUUUGCUUUGUCGUCCUUUGGCUUUCACCUGGUUUUCUAUAUGCGAAUACAUUUUAGCGACAACAAAUAUGGCAUUUCAUGCAAUCGUAGUGCGCGAUCUGCCUCUUCAUCAAAUCCAAGUCUUGUGCCCGGACCGAAAAAAAGAUAAUUAAAUCAUUGUCUAUGCGCGGAAUGUUAACUUGCCUAUUAAUGAAAAAAUUAUGACAUUAAAAACGGCGGGAAAAUCAUACAAGUGCUGUGCAAGUGCAUGGAUUUGCCAAAUAAAUAAUUAAAAAUACAUCAAUGCAUUCUAUUUAAGGAGUUAAUUAAGUAUUGUAGAUAAAUAGAAAUAUACAAAAAAUGUUUAUAAUAUAUUGCCGUUAUGUUUGAUGUUCACAGCAGCACAGAAUAUUUUAGAGCACACAAUUGAAAAUGGCGCGCAAUUAAACGGUUUUAAUUAUUUCUUACUAUUGUUGAUUAUUAAAUAUUAAAUAGGAAGAAAUAGCUGUUACAUUAGUUUGUAUUUUGUAUUUUUUUGUAUUAAUUAGAUGCGAUCUCUUUAAUACUUAUAGAUGAUAGUAAUUUGUAAUAUUAAAAAUUAGUAAAUUAAUUAUGAAUCCAUAUAUUGUAGAAUCUUAAUUAAGUCGAAAACGUGUCAAUGGAUACAGUAUUAUAGAAGUACAAUUUAAAUAAUACUGCCUUAAAUGAAAUCGAAAUUGAUAAUUACAAAAUGUUUUAAAUAUUAUGAAAUAGAGGAGUUGGAGACGGACCAAAAAUUUUAAUGGCAUUAUUA